AUGACUUUGAUAUUGGAUGUUAGCGUGAUGACUAAUAAAAUCCAAGAAUUAACCCAGAAUGGAAAUGAUAACCACCAUAGCCAGAAGACAUACGAUCAUCAAAAAAUUGUCAUGAUAGAAAACAUAAUUGACACAACGGCACUAAUUAUCGAUGUGAUUUGGAAUAAAUUUUUCAUAAGUCUUAACUCACAAGUCAUUCCACUUCGUCUGUUCAUUCAAGAAACUAUACGUAGAUCGCGAACUUCUUGGUCCACCCUCCAAACAGCAUUAUUUUAUCUUUUACGAAUAAAACCUAAAAUAGCAACACUUGAAGUAGAAAUCACUGAUAACAAAAGUGAUCCAGCUACCUGUGGUCGUCGAAUGUUUCUCGCAUCUCUUAUAAUAGCAUCGAAAUAUCUUCAAGACCGCAAUUAUGCUAAUAGUGCUUGGUCAAAGAUAUGCGGUUUACAUGUUAAAGAAAUUAAUGCAAUCGAGAGACGUUUUCUUAUUCUUAUAGAUUAUAACCUUUUUAUAAAGGAUAAUAUUUUUAAUAAUUGGACAAAUUUUUUAAGAUCACGUAUUUGUACUUUUUCUGGAUUAAAGCAAAAAGGUCUUUUUAGUAAAGACGAAGAUCAACGAGCUAUUGCACAAUUUGUAGAAUGUCAAGUGUAA